AUGUUACAGUGGCCGGCGGGACACAUUGGACACCUCACGCAGCAUCAAAUCGACGCACUCGGGAACUUCAAGAAGCUGUGCGAACAGAAAGGCUACUACACCCCAGCAUCGGAGGAUGGCAAGGUACCCUCAUCCCACGACGACGAGACGCUCCUCCGCUACAUUCGCGCACGCAAAUGGAUACCCCAAGAAGCCUUUGUCCAGUUCAGGGAGACCGAAGACUGGCGCAUCGAGAACCAGCUAGACACGUUAUACGAAACGAUCGAUGUUGAUGAGUACGAGCAAACGCGUAGGUUAUACCCGCAAUGGACUGGCCGGCGGGACAAGCGAGGCAUUCCCCUCUACGUAUAUGAGGUUUCGCAGGUAGACUCCAAGGAUGUCAACGCCCAUGCCAGUGGGAAGGACGCCAAGCACGCGAAGCAAGCGACGACUGCCACCACGCCUCGUCAUCUACUGCGGUUGUUCGCGUUGUAUGAAAAUUUAUGUCGUUUCGUCCUACCUUUGUGUUCGGCUCUCCCAAACCGACCGCACGGCGAAUCACCCAUCAGUCAGAGUAACAACAUCGUCGACAUCUCGAAAGUUGGCUUCGCGAAGUUCUGGAGCUUGCGGAAUCACAUGGGCGACGCAUCGAAGCUGGCAAGCGCACACUACCCGGAAACGCUGGAUCGUAUCUUCGUCAUUGGCGCGCCGAGCUUCUUCCCGACCGUGUGGGAGUGGGCGAAGAAGUGGUUCGAUCCCAUUACCGUCUCCAAAAUCUUCAUCCUCUCCGACAAAACCAUGUUCGAAACCCUCUCCAAGUACGUCGACGUUGACAAUAUCCCCAAAAAGUACGGCGGCAGGCUCGACUGGCAAUUCGGCGACAGACCUUUCCUCGAGCCCGCCAUCGCGGAUAAUCUCCGGUGGAAAGAAGAUGUGCGCGAGAAGGGGCACAGAACACUGCCCAAAGGACCUGUUAGAUGGCAGUAUGACGACAAAGGCGAUUUGGUCGCGACGGCAAUUGGAACCGAGCAUGGAAAGCGCAGGGCGCUGGUCAUUGCGGGGCUGCAUCCCGAAGCUGGCGUGGCACGGCUGGCGCUUUCGCCUGGCCGCGUCAACGCUAACCCGCAAGUCGGCAGCCUUCAUGCAUCAUCCCAACCCUCCUCCCGUACAGGAGCGUACACGGUACCAUACACAGACAUCGACCAAGACAUCGCCAGUCCACCAACAGACUCAAGGCAGGGAACGAGUAGUACCCGUUUCGAACAACAAAACAACACGCACGCGCAGGGACAAAUGGCGCAUGGGACGCCGGACUAUAAAGUCGACGGACGGGGGGAGAGGCAGGGGAUCAUGGAACCCAACACCGUCGGGCAGGCGCCGAAGGAACACCCGAUGAAGUAUCCUCAACCUGGGGAUGGGGAGGGACAGCAGCCGAGCAUGAUGGAGCAGGCGCAGAGUUACGCGACGCAGGCGGUUGAGCAGGUGCAGGGGUUGUCGGGGAGUGUGUUGGUUGCGGUGGGGAUGGGCGAGAAGAAGGAGGAAGUUGCCGCGCCGAAGGAGGUGAAGCCAGACGAUCCGAGGGUUGAUGACAUGCCGGCGAAGAAUGUGGAGGAGUUUUUGCGGUAUAAGGCUAUGAGUCAGCCGCAGCCGCCGGGGAAGUGA